UGUCCCGAAGUCUUCCCUUUGGCAUGCAGUACAUGACUCACGCGGGGCCUUAUACCUGGCCACUUUCCCAGCAUUUCAAGAUGAAGCAUACAAGUGACUGACGCAUUCAAACUCGGUGGGAACGUCGAAGCUUACGCAAGAUGAUGACAUGAGGGCACAGUAGACGCAUUGAAGGAGCGUGACAGCAAGGUGUGUCAGAUCUAUACCCAUAAAGGAAAAUGUGGAUACGUAAGGGCUUGGCAGCAGCAUGGAUUAUGCUAUUAGUUGUUUCAAACGCUUCAUCUCAAGAAGCAGCUACUGGCUGGAGUACCUGGGGAAACUGGGUUGAAACUUGUCAGCACACGUGUGGCUCUGUCGUCAGAGGCAUACAGUCACGAGAAAGGAACUGCACCACAACAACACGAUGUACAGGGGAAAAGAUUCAAACUAGAAUGUCAGUGUGCAACGUGCCAGCAUGCCCCGUCGAUGGUGGUUUCACACAGUGGACCGACUGGACCAAUCCCCCGUGUUCACCUACAUGCAAUGCCACCAGGGUCUUCAAGAGAUUCAGGACGUGUACUAACCCUAGCCCAGCAUUUGGGGGAGCCUUCUGUUCGGGAUCACCAAUGGACACAACAACCGACAUCUGCAACAACCCAGGAUGUAUAGAGGACAACUGGACAUAUUGGGAGGCUUGGACACCCACAUGUCCAGCAACGUGUGGUAACAGCGUCACGGGAAUGAAGUCCAGAACGAGAACCUGCAACAGCACAUCUGGAACUGGAUGUCAAGGUCCAAACAACCAGACCGAGGUGACACAGUGUAAAGUACCAGCAUGCACAGUGAAUGGAUCCAGCAAUAUGGUAUUUCAAACUCCACUGUUGGCAGCUCUCAUCUUGGUCAACCUUCUUGCCUAUUAAGGAUCCCGGUAUUCCUGUUGAUUCCAAAAGACUCAUAUGAUUAUAUAAUGCACCCAUAGAGUAGUAUGGAGUGUACAACUAAUCCCUGACAACAACACAAAGGCAAAUCAACAUUAUAAUUUACUUCUUUCGAAUGUAUUCUCUUAAUAUGUUAUUCGUAACACACCCAUUUCCAAUACUCACAGCGACGAACCAACAGACUUGAAACACAAGAGUAUCAACACUCAAGUUAGAGUCGCAUACCAUGGCUACUUUCGAGCCUGGGUACUGUAAAGAUCAUACCUGUAGUUGUUGUUUCACGAUGUCACACAGGUAUGUAAUCACUACUGUUGAAGGAAACCACCAUGGAAAAGACUGUUACACUGACUUUAAUAAAGCUGAAAGGCAUUCAAAUAAAAUA